AUGACCAGCCUCUUCCGCCGCAGCACCAGCAGCACGAAUGGUGGCGGUGGGGGCAGUAACCAUGGCAACAGCUCGCGUGGGGGCGGAGGGGGUGGAGCCUCCCAGACGGAGCUCAACAACAGCAGGCCCGGGCGUCAGGUGCGGCGGCUGGAGUUUAACCAGGCCAUGGACGACUUCAAGACCAUGUUCCCCAGCAUGGACCAGGAGGUGAUCGAGUGUGUUCUCCGUGCCAAUCACGGUGCCGUGGACUCCACCAUCGACCAGCUGCUGCAGAUGAGCCUGGACAGCCAGGGCACGGACUACAGCUCGGACUCGGACGAUAGCAUCCCACCAGAGAUCCUUGACAGGACGUUGGAGCCCGAUAGUUCUGAAGAGGAGCCCCCACCUGUCUAUUCCCCACCCUCGUACGACAUGCACAUCUACGACAGGAAACACCCGGCGGAUGUCCCACCCACUCCACCACCCAGGUUUGAUGCUCAUCCCCCUCCUGGGCACCGGCAGGUUGGCGGUUACAGGAACUGGAACCCGCCGUUACUAGGCAACCUCCCCGAUGACUUCUUGCGGAUCUUGCCUCAGCAGCUGGAGAGUCUGCAGCGCUCCCAAAGCAAUCUCUCCCAGCCUUCGUCCUCCUCAUCCUCAUCCCUGUCGUCUCUGACGCAGCACUCGGCGGCGUCGGGGAGCGGGCCGGUACCGAGCAGCUGGGCGGGGUCCGACCAGGACCGGAAACUGAGACAGUACCUGGAGGACGAGCGAAUCGCUCUCUUCCUGCAGAACGAGGAGUUUAUGAAAGAGCUACAACGCAACCGAGACUUCCUCAUCGCCCUGGAGAGAGAUCGGCUGAACUAUGAGUCACAGAAAUCCAAGGGCACUCAUUCAUCUGCUUGCAUGGAGAGUACUGCAGAAGGAGAUCACUGUGCGUCAGGUUCAGAGGAGGCCUGUCAGUCUGUUUCAGAUGAUGCCCUGUUCCGUGACAAACUGAAACACAUGGGCAAAUCUACGAGAAAGAAGCUUUUUGAAAUUGCUAGAUCUUUCUCUGAGAAGACCCGGAGGAAAAAGUCCAAAAAGAGGACCCUGCUGAAACAUCACUCUCUGGGUACCGCAGCCUCCACUGCCAACCUUCUAGAGGACAUUGAGGGACCCCCACUUGAAGACAAAAGUCAACUCAGGAGACCAGGCACUCAGGAAGAGGAGGAGCCAAACAAGGAAGUGGUUUCAUGAGUUCUCCAUAGUGUCCCGCCCACAGACCUAUCCUCUGUGGUGAUUGGAUGAGCCGAAGUGUUGACUCCUCCUGCUGACCUGGACCAGCCUAUCCCAGC